AUGGCACAUGCAAUUAAUAAUUUAAAGGAAUUACAAAAAUUGUCCGAAGAUAAAUUAAAGGAUUUUCCAAUUUAUACCGAGAGGAUAAUAAUACCAAGUUCUUUAAAAAAUGCUAUCAACUAUGUUAAUAAUACUUUUACAUUCAACAACGUGUUGCCAAGAUCUAUAAAAGAAAACAACAAAAGUAAAAAAAAUCGGGUUCACUAUACAUGGAAACGAAGAACAUUGUGUACAGUUUCUGAUAAUGAAAAAUAUUCCACAGAAAACUUAUUCGAAGGUAACACCUUUAGUGGCUCUAACGAAAAAGAAACAGGUGUAAAGAAAACACUACUAGAUUAUGAUGGAUCAGAUUUCAUGCAUGAUGCUGAUUUAGAUUCUUUAAAAACACAUGUGCGUGUAAAAAGGGAUAAAUUAGAAUCAGAUUAUAUAAAAGACUUGGUCAAUUCUUUUCCUCAAAACAAUUAUGAUUCCAUUGAUGAAAAUUCUUACGACGAGGACGUUUCGUUUGAUACGAAACGAGAAAUUAAAUCAGACGAAUUUUUAGUAAAUGACGAACAGUCUAACGCAUCUCCAGAUGAGAAUGAUCAACAGAAAAUUCUCAAUGUUCAACCAUUCAUGGUUCCUGCAUACUUUAGUGACGAUACAUCCGCCAGAAGUGAUAUUAUCAGUGCGCCAUCUGACGUUAGUAAGGCAAAUACGUUCGCAAACAAAAAUGUAAGAUUCGUAGAUCAAACAGAAAAGCAGGGAAUGACGUUACAAGAACUGAAAAAUGACGUUAUUUCAAAUCGACGAUCAUACGAGAAUUCAGAAGUUCAAAAUCUACCGGAAGAUCCUAUGUUAGCUGUAGAAUUAGUUAGGAAAAAGCGGAACGAUUACGCAAAAGUACAUGGCAAAAGGAAUUUAGAAAAGAAAACUUCAUCUGGUAUACAAAACCUGAUCGACAGCAAAGGGAAAUCGCACGACAAAGAAAAGCGAUCAAUUCUCGAGUCGCAAAAAUCUGAGAGUCACUUAAUUCCGUCGAGUUUAGUUGCUGCGAAUUUAAAGGCACAUUUAUUACGUAUCAGAAGGAAGACGAAAAGUAAUAAACGUCAUGAAAAGAAUUCGAAACUAAAAAAGGAAAAGAAACAUGCUGGGAAGAAACACAAUACUUCGAAUAAUUCUCAGCGAUCAGUAAAAGAUGUUCGUUCGAAGAAUACGGAUCGAUCGAAAGUGUCUCGCAAGAGAAAAGUGCACGAGGCAAAAAGCGAGGGUAAACCAAAAAUAGAAAUUGAUAGUGUAGUGUCUAAGGAAAAUAAUGACAACAAUUUUCGUCGUAGAUCCGUAAAGUUGAAAAAAUCGAUCAAAGGAACAGACUCCGAAAUUGACGUUUCCUCGAAAAAUAACGAACCAACGUUGCAUGAAAAAUUGAAAGAAGUUAGCGAGAAUAAAAUUGACGAUGUUAAUUCCAAAUUUUCGGAAAAAAAGAGCACACAGUUUGGAAGUGAUGUUAACGAAGUUAAGGCGGGAUCAGACGAAGAUACAAAUUUAUUCGUAACACAGGAUGAAGAACAAGGAGUUUUUAUUAAUGACGAGCAACCGAUACCAUCGUUAGAUGAUAUAAAAUUACGCGCAAAAAGAGAUAAAAACACGCAAUCGCAUCAUGGCUUUCUUAAUAAGGAAGAGGAAUUGAGGUACUAUGAGAAUGUUCGGGAACCUGGGUCAGAAAUGGAUCAGUACGAUAAUCAAGAUGAAAAUCAACCUUCAGUGGGUAACGUAGUAGAAGGUAGUCGAGCAGUAAGAUCGAUCGAAGAAGUGAAACAACUUGCACAGAAACUAGUGUCAAAAGUAAAUGAGCUUCAAAAUUACUUGGACAUCGAAGAGUCCUCAGGAGACAAAAAACGAGAGAAACAAAUUGAAACACGCGCAAUCGACGAUUUAUGCGCGAAUGUUAGCACUGGUUGCGACGUUUUCAAGGAAGCACCUAAGAUCGUUCAAAAAUGUGUACCAACGGCGAACAAUGAGUUUGGAUCGAAAGCAAAAAUUGUCGAAAGAAAAGUAGAUCCAAGUGGAGUUAUCGACGAACGUAAAUUCGCGAAAAUUGCAAAUAAAAAUUCGGUGGAAAAGAAGAGAUCAGUGGUUAGACGCGUUGCAAAAACAUCACCUAACACUUCCAAGGGAAUUCCUAGGCAAAGUGAAAGAAAAUCCCGUCUUAAAUGGGGCAAAUGGACAGACUGGAGUAGCUGUAGCGUCACUUGUGGUAAAGGUCGUCAAAUAAGAUGGCGAUAUUGUUUACGCGACUGUACUACAGCAGAAACUGAAAUGGAAGAGAAGGCUUGUCAAUUGCCAGCUUGCCCGCCUGGUAAAUUUCUUGGUAUAUUUUAA